AUGUACCAGGCCGCCCUGUACGCGCGCAGCAACGAUGUGCAGCACAUGAACGUGUCGCGCGUGCUGCGCGAGUGGGCGGGGCGGCUGCGCUGGUCGCGCGAGGAGCAGGAGGCCGUGCUGGACGUGGGCUGCGGCCCGGGCGACGUGACGGCGCAGCUCCUGCUGCCGCGCCUGCCCAGCAGCGUGCGCGUGCUGGUGGGCCACGACGUGAGCGAGGAGAUGGUGCGCCACGCCGCCGCCACCCACGCCGCGCUGGCGCCGCGCCUGCGGUUCCUGUGCACGGACAUCGCCGCGCGCGACCUGCCAGCCACGCCGCUGGGCGCAUGCGCACAGCAACUCCAGGGGUUCCACAAGGUCUUCUCCUUCUACGCACACCACUGGGUGGUCGACCAACGAACUGCACUUCGCAACAUCCACAACCUGCUGCGGCCAGGAGAGGCACUCCUGUUGUUGGUGGCCAAUGCACCCAUGUACGAUGCACAUAUCGCUAUGCAAAACAACCCUCGUUGGUGUGACUUUAUGCAGGACGCAUACAGCUUCAUGCCGCCCUAUAAACGCUCAACAGACCCUGUGAAAAAUUUUUCUGCGGAGCUGCAGCAGGCGGGGUUCAACAUUCACGCGUGCAAGGUAGAGAACUUCAGCUACCGUUACCCCACAAUGCAGGACUUCGCAGAUUCUACAAUGGUCCUGAACCCAUUUCUGAAAAGAGUUCCGGAGGAAUUGCAGACUACCUUCAUAAAUGACUUCAUGACAGAAUAUCAAAGGGAAAAAGUGAAAUAUAUGUCGAUGGUCUCUAGACAGGAAUUGGAGCGGAACGACACAUUAUAUCACUCACAUCUUCUCACGCACGUGGAGAAGGUCAAUCAAGAUGUCUAAUGAAGUAUGAUGUAUGAAGUAUGAAGUUUGGGCAGCUCAAAACCAAGAAAUUUAGGAAAUGACUCUGAUAUAAAUGAACUUUUCUUUUUCACAUUACGUGAAACAGGC